AUGCCUAUGAUGUUGCUGCAACAAACCACCACCCCAAUUCCCAAAAUAAUCGUCGGCGAAACGUCACAAGCUGCCGGCUCGACGAUAAUCUCUGCACCAAUAUGCGGGCUACAACAACCGGUCGACAAAGGACAAACUUCUUCCGCCGCAGUGUCAACACAAAGCACUCCGAUGCAAGCACCCCUACUAACGGUGAUACCAAGCAAUACGACACUGCCAACGGUGGAAGACGUUAACGCCACACCGAGUUUCUUCCAGCAGCCACCACCAAACCAGAUGGUAGGCACACAAUCGGUGGUUUUCCAGACACCACCACCGCCAAACCAGAUGGCAGGAACUCAACCGACGGUUUUUCAGACACCGCCGCUGAGCCAAACGCAUAUAUUUGCUUGGAUCCCUACGGACAUAGUAGGGGUAGAUAGGAAGGUUAUAGAGCUCAAACUCAUGAUCAAGCCAGGUAGUAAAGAAACCAAGCAGGAAAAAAUGGUUCAUGGAGGUGACAGACAGGAACAAGGUAAUCAACACUAA